AUGCUAGAUAAUGGUAUGACAGAUUAUACUGGUGAUUUGGCGUUUUCUGAUUCGAUUGAGUUCUACUACACGAAUUUGAAUUCCAACGACACUAUUAAAGUGGGUCAUGAUAAAGACAUGCUUUAUCACUGUAUGUUACAUGAAGAAGGUUCAACUGUUGUGGCGGAGAAGUGUGAUUUAGAACCGGAGACAUCAAUACGAAUACGACGUUUUACACAUCCAAAAUACUUCAAUUGUUGGACUAUAGAUGGUAAACCAAAUGCAUCAACGGCCGAUGUUACAAGAUUGAUUAUUUUGGCACAUUUAAUCCCUUUGAAAAAAAUUGAAGACGCUAACACCUCCUUCAUUAUGGAUUCAUUUACACGUGGUGAAGGUAUAAAGGUAGUUAUCCACGAAAGAGGUACAUACCCUGAAAUCGAAAAACAUGGUGUGAAUAUACAACCAGGUCGCAUGAAUGAGAUUAACUACGAAACACUAUUUUGGAAACGUUUGCAUACGCCAGUAUCCCCAUGUACAAGUGAAGAAAUUUACAUUGAAGACUUAGGUGUCCAAUAUACAUAUAAACAAACUCAGUGCCUCAAUCGUUUGUUACAGAAUGAACUAUUUACAAGAUGCGGUUGUCUCAACUCCGAAUGGCCUAGGUCUAUUAAAUUACUAGACAGUGAAAAUUUUAUGCCUUACUGUCAAAAGCUACCUAUUAAUGUCACUGAUAAACAUGGAGCUGAACAAAUGAAGACACGUCUUGACUGUUUUGGCAGUGUUAUGGCUGACUUAAAACAACUAAAAGAAAAGGCUGUACAAAAAGGUAUUUGUAUUCCACGUUGUGGAUUCUACACUUAUGACACGAAAUUAAGUGUCACUUCCUGGGAUCCAGAUCCACACAAACUAGCCUUAUACACUAAAGGCUACCGACACGUUGACAGGUUUCUACGUGAACCAAAUGAACGAAAGUAUAUUGAUGAAAUACUGAAGAACUUUGACGAUUCACUGAACCCUUCAAAGAAUGAUGAUCAUUCAAGUUCAACAGAAACACUGUUUUCAAAUGAUUAUCAAAAAUUUGAUGAUGGAACCCACACAUAUAUCAGUCUAAUAAGGCAAGACUUUGAUACAACAGUAAAAGAGGAACGUUUAGUUUUUGAUAUUUAUAUUUUAAUAUCAAGAAUAGGUGGUUUAUGCUCUUUGUGUAUUGGAUUAACAAUGGCAUUCAUUGUUGAAUUAGUUGAAUUCCUCUACUUACUUUGUUGUAAAGCAGAUAUGCGCCUAACUCAAUAUGAUGAAGUUUAUAAACAUAAUCGGUCUACAGUGAUGAUAGAAAGACAUUUUCCACACGAUAGAGAAAAUCAACACGGUCAACACCAAUACUAUCAACAGCGUAGCCACUGUCAGCAGCAAGACCAGCAGCAUGAAUGUAAAUCCUCAGGCAACACAAACCAUCAUGAAUCUCUUCAACAGAAUCGAAGGGAUGUAGACAACUCGAUGGUUGGUCAUAAUAAUACUGUGUCAAACUUCGAAAUAAACUCCAAUUUUCCUUUUCCAGUAAAUACAGAAAACAACACACAAAAGUGUUCUCAACUAGUAACACCGGUAGUUAUACAGAAUCCCACUCAAGGUUAAGUCACAAAAGUACGAAAAAAACCGAUAGGUAACUUCACCGCAUUCAAACUAUUAGUUCUGCAUAGGUCUAGUGAAAAUAAUACUCUUAAUGACUAUCCUUCUUCUGUGAUUCAAUUUAUACUUCCGAUUGUCACAGCCAGCUUCUCCAUGAUCAUGUAUUGUUGACGUUAUUCACAAUGACUUUUGUUAACUCACCUCCAUGUUCUUAACAAUCAUAUGUCUUCAAGGUGUAUUCACUCUAUCUGUUCUGUACUUGACUUUCUAUUUUAGAUCUUUUUUCUCAAAGAAUUUUCUCAAUGAGUUCAAUCAACAUCUUUCAAGUCUGGAUGAAUUCAUUACAUACGUGCAUGUGUAGAUUUUUGUUAUUGUUUUCAGUGUAUUUCUUCCAUUUCCUUUAUUUUCUAAAAUUUUCUUGAUGAAAUUACAAAGAUACUCUGGAAAAAACUGUUAUCAUACUUUCGUCAAGCCUUUUUUUAUUUCCAACAAUUGUUCGAUUCUUUUAAUUAUACUUCUGUAAAUCCCAACCCCAAAACACUGCUUAUAUGAUGUAAAUUGAUUAGAAGAAUGGGAGACAAAAUAAACCUUCAGC